AUGGCAGCGCCGUCAGCUCCAUGCGAACUGCUUGAGAAGCUCAGCACGUUGCUUCUUCGACUGACCCCUCCUUCGCGAACAUGCGACUCGAUCAAGGCCUUUGCCGCCCAGUUGGACCCAAACAGCGGGUUCAUUCCACCAACGUGCGCAUCAGGCGAAGUAUGCAAGCAACUGACCGAAGUCCUGACUUCCCAAGGCGUAGUUGGGUGUGUGUUCAAGCCCAACGAGAGUUCUCGCGGAUGCAAUCUUGAACUCCUUACCUCGGAGUCUUCUAACAACUCGGUUACCAUUGUCAUCGCAGUUUGCUGCGUCCUCGUGGUCGUUGCUGUCGUUGCUGCAAUCCUGAUCGUGAAACGCAAGACCCGUCGCCGAAAACUCUCGCUCGCAUCAACCCCCCGUCCUGAUGAUCUCCACGGUGUGUACGUGGCGGCUCCUGCUGACGCCAAGCCAACCCCACCGCAAGCACCUUUUCCGUAUGGACGUCUGUCUUGCCCAACGUUCUCCGGCGAGCUCAACUUGUACGACUUGCAGUCGUUUUACCUUGAGUUUGAGCAAGUUGAGAUUAUCAAACCUCUGGCCCAAGGAGCGUUUGGCGAAGUCCUGCUCGGCCGGUACAAGGACCGACAGGUCGCCGUGAAAACGCUCAAGUUGGCGAACUCUGCGCAAGACGUGCAGUUUUUCAUCUGGGAGAUUUUGCUCCUGUCCAAGAUUGAAUGCCCGUACGUCGUUCAGUUUAUUGGGGUGACGUGGAAGGAGUCGCCGUCUGGGAUCAUGCUCGUGACGGAAUUCAUGGACGGUGGCGACCUGCGAAGCGUAUUGGACGCGAACGCAACGUCGCAUCGUUUCUCGUGGCGCGACAAGCUCGAAUGCGCGCUGCAUGUGGCCGAAGGUCUUGUGUAUUUGCAUUCGUUGGACCCAAAAGUGAUCCAUCGCGAUUUGAAGUCACGCAACGUCAUGCUGGACUCGGUUGCGGGUGCCAAAAUCACAGACUUUGGCGUGGCGAGAGAAACGAACGACGCAACGAUGACGGUUGGCAUUGGGACGUACCGAUGGAUGGCGCCAGAAGUGCUUGUGGACGGACACUACUCGGAGUCUGCCGAUAUCUUCAGCUUCGGGGUGAUCUUGGCGGAACUCAGCACCGAGAUUGUUCCGUACACCGAUCUGUCGCUCACGGACGCUUCGAUCAUAUCGAGGGUCAUGACUGGAGAUCUGCGGCCCACAUUUCACGCGACGCAAUCCCCUGCAUGGUUUUUGGAGCUGGGAGCCAAGUGCCUGGCCUUUGAUGCAAACGACCGGCCCGCCGCCGCCGCCGUCGCGUACGCUCUGCGCAAGGGCCUCAAGGACGCUCCAGAAAGUGGUCUUGUUUGA